CUCCAAACUAGUCCACUCAAUUUCAUCUAUAUAUACCUACUUACACCCAUUUUCAUAAAUUCAGAGUUCAUCAGCGCCUUUCAUUUCCAGCAUUGUAUUUUAGAUUAUUUUGUGCAUUCCUCCUCCAUUUCUUCUUCUUCUACCUGUAAACUGUCCUUACCCUAAGUAGAUAACCUAUACAAAUCAUUUAACAGAGCCUCUAGCUACGAUGAUGAGACAAGAAUAUUACGCAGCUCUGCAACAAAUUGCACUGCAUUUGCUCGGCGACGACUCCACACCCACUACUUCCUCCGCUGCCCUAGAUCCAGAUUUUGGACAGACUCUCACUGCGUCUGUUGACGGAGAUAAUUUCUCUGGCAAUAGACUGACUGUAAGUUCGUCGCCUAAGACUCAGACACACUGCAGAGGAGUGCGUCAAAGGCCGUGGGGAAAAUUUGCUGCGGAGAUUCGGGACUCCAAGAGGCAUGGAGCCCGUAUCUGGCUCGGUACUUUUCAAACAGCGGAGGCCGCCGCUGUGGCAUAUGACCGUGCCGCUUUCAAAAUGAGAGGGGCCAAGGCUCUGCUCAACUUUCCCCUUAACGCCGCCUCCUACGCUGAGUCGGGUUCAGGGUGUGGUCACAUGGAGUCCAACAAGCGAGGCAGAGAAAGUGUUCAAGUGGAAACUCCGCAGCCACGUCGCACACGGCUAAAAAUAGAUGUAAAAAGUGAAGAGGAGGAUGUGUUUGGGAAAUUAGAAAAUCUGCUUACUCUUUCUCCGCUUCCCUUCUCUCUCUUUUCCUUUGCAAAUUCACCCAUGGUGAACUAGUGGCCACUCUUCUACUUAUUUUUUACAUUCAAUUCAUUCUUUAACCCCUUCUUUUCUGGAGCCGUUUAUUGAUCAAAACUAUAAAAUCAGUAAAUCAUUAUUUCUACUGGUUCUAUCUUUUUAAUAUUUCAUAUUUGUUGGUUUAAUAUUCAAUAUUUUUUUAGUACAAUAUUAUAUCAA